GGAAGACCUGGCCGCCAGUCAUGAGGAGGGGCGUAGCGAACGAUCUGGGCAACUGUCAUUCCAAGCCAAGUUGCAGGGAUAGGCUGAUACCCUGAGUGAGGAGCAGCAGGGAUAGGCUGGCCCUUGGAAUAGUCACCAGGGUUUAUUCGAUCAGCGUUUGGUGAAUAGGCCUGUCAGUGCGGCCUCUGUGCGCAGCGAUUGGACAAGCCUCUUCUGUCAUACCUUUACAUUGCCCGCCCCCUCUUUUCCAGCAGCAACCAAUAAGCGGCGAAUCGGGCCCUCUGCUGCCUUGGCUUGAUCCUUGCGCCUGGUGACUGGGGAUUUCCCCCUCCCCCCCACGUCACCGCCUGGCGUCCUCCAGGUGCAAGCUAUUUCCAAAACAGCCAGCUCCCUGUGGUCCUACCUGCUGAGUGAUUCUCUUCCCAUCUGUUGCAAUGCAUCGGGACCGGCCCCCAGAGCGGGCAGCCAGCUGGCCGGCUGACCAUGUCAUGGUGCUCAUCUCCUACUGGGCUGAGGCAGCUGCUGUGCAUGACCUGGGCUCCCAUGGCAGGAACAGGACUGUCUAUGAUGGCAUCUCCCAGCGCCUGUCCAAGCUGGGCAUCUACCGCACGGGGGACCAGUGCCGGGAGAAGAUGAAAGCUCUGAAGGUGGCGUAUCGUAAAGCCAAGGAGAACAAUGCGGCCGGGAGGCCGCCCAUGCGCUGCCCCUUCUAUGAGGAGAUGGACCAGAUCAUGCAGCACUGUGUCAGCACCCGCUCCCACCUCCUGGCAGAGAGUGGUGAAGGACCUGGCACCAUGUACGAGCAGGAGGGCAUGACUGUCCCAGAGAGCUGGGGGGCAGCAGCCUAUGGUCACUGGGGGCCCGAGGCCACUGAGAGCUGGAGAUGUGAGCAGCUGGGCUAUGUGCUAGGCGAGGUGCAGGCUGUGAAGGUGAAGGAGGAGGGGGCAUCCACGGAUAAGCUGCCCCCUGAGCUCGGUAAGGCACCCUUAGAACAGUGAUAUCCAAUCUCUUUAACCACAAGAUGACUUUUUCAAUUUAAGUGCAAUGUAACAUCUACCUCAAACCCAAAUACCCUUGCCCAGUUUCCUUUCCACUCUUCUUUGAGUCCCUGUCCAUACUGCACCCCUUCUCUGAAGCUUCACUCUGCUCACUCCAUCCCCUUUCCUUCCC